AUGAUAAAAGAUGGGCAGCCUGUAAUUCUGUACUUCUCACCAUCCGCCAUCAAAUUAAUACACAAGGACAGUUUAACCACAACAAACACGCGCGCAGGACCGCUCCAACACACAAGCAUAUGCAGGUAUAACACCAUCAUACACCUGAAGAACGGACCGGUAAGCAUCCUCAGACCGACCCACCAUCUCAUAAGCAACACGAUAUGCAGCACGCAGGUGGUGUUUGAUUAUGACGCUUCCUUUCUGUGUUUCAUUAUGGGACUGAGGAGCACGGAUGUGCUGUUUGAGGCAGGGUUUGGUAGCGGUGUGCUGACGGGUAGUUUGGCACGGUUUGUACGGCUUGUCUAUUCGUGUGAACGGGUCGUUGAUAGGAUAAGGAAUGUGGGCGAGAAUGUGAUUGUAUAUGAGGGGGAUUGCUGUGAUUUAGUGAUUGAUUUGAAUGGGAACGGUGGGAGCAAGGAUUUGCACAGAGAUAGCACGGAUAGAGGCGUUGAACGUGCGGUAGAAAUUGACGGUAACCGUGGUGCACGUACAGAUGGCGGUAAAGAAUGUGAUCAGGAGAAUGCCGAUCAUCCCGCUGGUAGGGCUGAAGGACAUAGCACCAACGGUGGCAGCGCUACGGAUGAUAACGAAAAUGCAAUCAACGGAACGUAUGGCAGCGCAAAUCGUACCGGGGCUAAGAAUGUGAUAGACCAAAUGAUGGAUGGCGUGGUCUUGGACAUGCCAGAACCGUGGCUCGCAAUACCCACCCUUAAAACGGUCCUCAAACGUAACAGAACGAUGUGUGUGUUCGUUAUUUCUGUGCAGCAGGUGACCAAAACGCUACGAGCAAUGCACACCUUCAAGGAUGUGAAGGUGUAUGAGAACGUGGGACGGGAGUAUUUUAUGAAGAAGAGCGGUGGUAAGCGGAUGUGUGUGCUGAUGGAUAAUCAGUACAUGCACACGGGGUACCUCAUAUUUGGUAGGAAAUGA